GUCUGUCAGUUUCCAAAAUGGCAGAUAGUGUUAUCUGUUAUGUCUCGUGUUGACUAGUGAAGUCCGUGUUUUCAUUGAUGUGAAGUGUUUGUUCUGAUGUUUUCGGUGACAAUUUGACGAUAAUAAUAUCCGAAAUAUGUCGGAAAUAAAAGCUCCGCCGCACGGCGAACUAAAGCGGCCGGAGGAAGUGGUUAGAAUAGCGAUGGAAGACAAUUUGAAGUUUGGCCUGCUGACAGCGUUUAUCAAGGUGGGACAGGUGUCGAACCGGGAUCUUGUCAACUCUGUGCUACACUUGGAUGGUGCCUACAUGAGUCCAGGACUUGUGCGUAGAUAUUGAAAGGAAUAGUGAUCGAUAAAUGGACCCACAGUUCUAAUUCGAUUCCAAUACACCGUGAUUUGAAAGGACAUAGCAUAGCCUAGUGUUAGUGACUCUGACUACAAGUGAUCACCCGUCUAACGGGCAGACGAUGCACUCGUUACGAAUGAUUCGUCGCACAGCAAGAGUUAAGUGGAAGAGGGGGACUUGAAGGUUCCAAAUUCACCCACAGUAGCCUACUUGUGAAUUGUAACUGAAUAAUCAUCAUUUUAUUUAUCAAAUCAAAAUCUUGGUUAUAGAUUAGAGGGUAGGCCUAAUAGGGCCACCACUAAAAAUGAACAAAUGAAAAAUAUAAAACGAUAAUUAGGGAAAAUUUUCGGGUUAAUUAAGUGGCUGAAAUAUUAACAUGAUUGAUGAUGACUGAUUAACAUUUUCUAUUUGGUUGUGGCAGAGGUAAAUUAAUAAUCUAGGUAUCGUUACUCUGUGGUUGUGGUAUAAUAUUUGGAUGAAUUUUUCUAUUAUUACUGACCAUCUUAUAUUUUUAUAAAAUAGUCUGACAGGUUUUGAUGGGAUACUUAAAUUUGAUAACUACCACUAAUUUUAUAUGAAAAAUGAGAUACUAGUUUUGGGUCUGGGAUCAUUAUUUUAGCACCUACUGCACUCACUUUUAUAACUGUAUUCAAUCGCUUGUACACCUUAAAUUAAUUUAUUUCCACUAUGCUGUAUUAUCUAUUUUAUGUACUGUAUUUCUGUUGUAGAUUCUGUUAAUUAUUUUGUAGAUUAGUAUUUUAAGUAGCCUAUUGAUUGUAUAUUUUUGUAUCUGUUGUUUUAGUAGGUCUAUUACAAUCACAUACGUUAUUUUGUUUGUAGAAACUUGAUUUGGAAUAAUUCUUUUAUGUUUUGUUAUCGUAGUAGUAUUUUUCUCCAAUGUUAUAUUGAUGUUACAAUUAUAUUUGCUGUAUAAACUUUGAAUUAGUUUGGUAUUUGUAGUACAAACUCUCUAAAAUGUUGGAGUUUCAUUUUCUCUAAUAUGUUGAAGUUUUUUCUCUAUUAUCUCUUACUAUUUUAUCUGAAAAUAAAGGCAGUCAUUCUAUUCUAUCUCUCCAAGUAUUGGAGUUUUUUUUAUAAAUGAGCUGUUACAAUUAUUUGUAAUGAUGAUUCCAAAUUUUUCCAUUGAUCAUAAUAAAUAUCAUCAAUGAACACAACCUAAAGCAGAAUAUCAUAAUGUUCAUAUUGUAGGGUAUCUUAUACCAAGCCCAAUAAUUCAUGUUAUUGAUAAAUACUAGGCUCAACCCAAAGCUGUUAAUAAUUACUGGAUAAUUCAUCAUAAAUGAGUUUAUUUAUAUAGUCUCCACUGGGAGCUUUUGAACUUACUGUAGGUGGUUACAAAAAUAAUUGAUUUAGUUACGGAAUUUUCUUGGUGCAAUUAAAUUCAUUCAUAAUAUUAUGAGACGCGUGUUAGUUACAAUAUUAUUAUUGACCUAGUCAAUAAUAAUUAGUAACCUAUUUAAUUCAUUAUCACUUCCCAAGUUGAUAAGAGAUGGUGAGUCAGUUUGUUUACAAACAAAAUUCUAUCUCUUGUUAUCUCUCGAAUUCUUUUCUCACUAAUUCAUUCAUCUUUGUUGACUUUGUUUUUAUACAUACCUUUAUCAUUUUAUUUAUUUCUCUUUCUUCUUUAUUCUUGUAAUAUGCGUCAUUUUUGACUACGUGUUAGAUCAUUUUAUUCUAUUGUCUGCUAAUUCUUACCAUUUUAUACUGAUAUAAUCACAAUGUGAAUAUUGUGGAUAGGGGAAGCUAGUUAGCAAUACUAAUUGGAAAACUAUAUCAUUGUAUGAACAUUUUGAAUUCACAUUUUUUCAUAAUUCUGUCCCGAAGUCAUUUAUUUGUAUCUUUGAAUUUUGUUCAAUGUUAUUAUGUAUUUUAUUUAUUUAAAGGGCGACAUUGCUUUGACUACAAAUAUUAUUGAAAAUUAUCUACCUGUGUUCAGGUUUUAAAUCGUUGUGAAUGUUAUGAAUAGAGAAUAUAUUAAUACUUGAACGAUUA